AAUCUUUCUGGAUACGGUGAGGUCUCGCAUCCUAACCGCAGUAUGUGGCUCACACUAGCGGCCCUUUUGACUCUGUGUGCCACGGGGAGAAGUGCUGAAAAUGUUUCAGAAAGCAGAGCUGUGAAGGAAAAGCAUGUUAUAGCCAGAGGAAAACUUAUGGCUCCUAGUGUAGUGGGAUGAUCCAUAAAGAAGAUGCCAGAGCUCUACAAUUUCCUGAUGGAGCGAUGGGCAUUGUAUCACAACCUGGAGUACGAUUCGGGAGAGGAUAAAAACCCACGCCUGAUCUUCUACAACGAGAAGGACGAGGAAGUGAAGGUUGUUCCUGUGAGGAAGAUGAAGGCAGAUGAGAUCAGCAGCUUGCUGGAUUCUCUGGGUUUCUAUAAGAGGUCACAGAAAGGCGAGGAGGUCCCUGAGGAGUUCAAACAUUUCCCUUUAAAGGCGCCCCGGGACGAACUGUGACCCCCCGCUGGUCAGCGCCUGGACUGCAGCCUGCCGCCAAUGACGUCCAGUGUCUCAAAGCUCCGAGACAGCCGGACUCUGGACCGACGCACAGAAGGCUGGAGGCAGUCCUAAUCACACACACACACAUUUACAAUAAACUC